AUGGGUAGACCAAACGCCUUCAGAGUGUCGCCUACGGAGAGAGAGAAAUCACCUUUGCACGCGAAUGCAUCCAGCCCCCAGGCAAUAGACACACCGAAUGACGCAGGCGAUUCAUCUCACGCCGAGAGGGACACUUAUGAUGCGAGGAUUCCAUGUCGCAACGCACCUCGAGUGGACUUGGAGGCGCGAGACGCCAACCGCCGGUCCGUUCGUUCAAAUCGCUCACAUCACGCGAAAAAGGGCGUGGAGGUUCAUACGGGCUUUGAACACGAACACGUGCACGUGCAUCCGCCAGGAGGGAUCGCUUCCAGUUUGCACGAGGAAGGCGGCGGCGACGCUUUGACCGAGUCCGACUGGUCGACGCAAAGCUCGCGUGUCUCGGGCGCCGAAGAACGGUUGUCCACGGAGGUCGUUCUGAGAGGCCUUCGCGAGGCAACCAAGGAACCGCCUCCACGCCCCGAGCCUGGAGACUAUCCGGUGCGGAGUAUGCGAGCACGAGUGCAGGCAAGCGUGAGGAAACGAAAGAGCCAAGAACGAGUGCGGCGUUCUUCACAGCUCGUCCACAGCGACGACGCCUCAGACGAUUUCGCUGCCGUCGCCGACGAGAGAGCGUCACGGAGUAUGGCCUCGUGGUCCGAAUGGUCGGGCACGAAAACGGGCAGAAGGAAAGCGGCCAAGACCCAACAGAGGAAGGCGUUACCGGCUUCUCCGAGACCAAGGCCUCUGUGCAGCCUACGAGAAGCUUCCCUGGAGUUGAAGAGUACUCUCGUCGAUGAAGAAAGUCAGCUACGGGCCAAGAACGCCGCCGUGGACUGUCAACAGGACAUGGCGUUCGGACGCGCUCUCCAGGCAUCCCACAACCCGAGUUGGUGUUGCGACCGAGCCAUUUCGCCGUCAGCUAGGAGUCGCUCGUCUUUUGAGUUCGAGGCAACAACUCUUUCCUGGGCCGACGCAGCGAGCGACGGGGCUGGGGGCUCAGAGGCCGGAGCAAGACCUCCCCGCGCGACGGUGGAGCUGCAGAGCGGAAAACAGCUGGAAGAAUGGAGGUCCAACGCCCAGUCUACAGACGGAGACGGCGAGACAGGGCCCGCGAGCGAGGGCAACGUGGACGCGCUCGGAAAGGGGCGCACGCAGUCGGCGAACACGGUUCUCGAGAUUGACAUGCGGGAGACCGCCACACAAGCAAAACAGUAA